AAGGAUUAUUUAGACUGAAGCCCAGCAAGAAAAUUUACUGAGAUGAUAAUGGUGGUAACAACAGGGUAGCAUCUCCAUCACGAAGAUGAUACAUCAGGACAAUCCUUUUGUCAUCUUUUCCCACGCUUCUGCCCAAAACCAUGUUGUUUGCUUUGUUCUUUCUGUUAGCUCAUUCGCAAGCUAGCUCACACUAGAAAUACCAAGAGAAAUUAAUUAAAGACAAAUAUGGUCCACCUCAUUAUGUUGUCCACUUUCCUGCACGAUUUUCCACUCCAAAUCCGAAGGUCAAAGUGCAAUGAAAAGCCCAAGAGAUUCCCAGUUACACAAAUAAACUGAACAGUGAAUCAUAGUACAGAGAAACAUGAGAGUAAAAUGCCAUAGUUCUUUCAGGAUUGAGACCCUGGUGGAUUAAUGUUGGAUUACUGCUGUUAAAAAGGAUGAUAUUCGGAAGAAAAGAAGGGAAUUUGAAGGGCUGCAGGGGUCCAUCAUCUUUUGUUGCUUUCAAUAUUGUCAUCUCUGUUGCUGGAUUUCUUCAGUAUGUAAGCCGAAGCUGACAGUCAAUGGAAAAGUGAAAAUUGAAUAUGAUCAGUACAUUCACGGAAUACCUUAGACAAGAACAGACAAGAAGAAACCCCGUGGACUGAAAGUCACUGCUUGGUCUUAAGGGCCUGGUAGGAAGAGCCAACAUAGAUACAGCCACCCCGUGCCAGAUAUUCCAUUUACAAUUUCAUCAUCCGCUCUUUGGGUUUUGAACCUCCAUUUUUACGAAGUAAUUAAACCUUUUCACUGACUAUGGAACCAUACUGAAUAUCAGCCAACUUGUGAAAACUCUAAACACAUAAUAUUCUCCAAGAAAAUCCUGAAGCUUUCAUCUAUUGCUGGCUGGCACAUCCCUUAAGAAAGUUGGCUCUUCUCUCACCUCUUUCCCCAUUCUUCUGGGUUAAACUGCAAUUCUUUUUAACUAGCAAGAUGAUAAUGAAGCUGUUCUUGUUUAUCUUACUGUUGGAAGCUGCAAGUUUUCCGGUUACCUCAAACAGGCCUGGUCAUGAAUUUGUGUUGAUUGAAAAAGAAUAUGUAAACUGGGUUAGACAGAUGUCUUCUUUCAAGCACUCUCUCUUCGGAAGAGCAAAGAACAAACUAAAGCCCUGCUUAUCCAUAAGAGUAAACAAAAAACCAAGACUGGGGCAGUUUGCUACGGUGCAAAAGGCUAUUAGUUCACUUCCAGUAGUUAAUAACUGCCGGGUUGUAAUCUACAUUGGAGCAGGAACUUACAGAGAGAAGGUUGAAAUUCCUGCAACCAUGGCUUACAUCACUUUGGAAGGUGCUGGUGCAGGCAAAACCGUCAUUGAGUGGGAUGACACAGCAGAUAGGAUGGGGCAGAGUGGCCGUCCGUUGGGCACCUAUGGUUCUGCAACAUUCGCCGUUAAUUCUCCUUACUUUAUCGCAAAGAACAUCACCUUCAAGAACAAAGCACCAUCACCUCCAUCGGGAGCUCUUGGGAAGCAAGCGGUGGCUCUGCGGAUUUCAGCGGAUACGGCAGCCUUCAUCGGUUGCAAGUUUAUCGGAGCGCAGGACACUCUCUACGACCACAUCGGCAGACACUACUUCAAGGACUGCUACAUUGAAGGUUCUGUAGAUUUUAUAUUUGGAAAUGGCCUUUCCCUCUACAGGGACUGCCAUUUGCAUGCCGUAACCAACAGCUACGGAGCCCUGACUGCCCAGAAGAGGGAGAGCUUCCUCGAGGAAACGGGCUUCUCCUUUGUCAACUGCAAGGUCACCGGGUCAGGUGCCCUCUUCCUGGGGCGAGCCUGGGGAACUUUUUCAAGGGUGGUGUUUGUUUAUACUUACAUGGACAAGAUCAUCACCCCGAGAGGAUGGUAUGACUGGGGAGACAAAAAUAGAGAAAUGACUGUGUUUUAUGGCCAGUAUAAGUGUUCAGGACCUGGAGCUAAUUUUGGCGGGCGAGUGUCAUGGGCCAGAGAACUUACUCAACAAGAGGCAAAACCAUUUAUUUCAGUUGAUUUCAUUGAUGGCCGUAGUUGGCUUCCUGUGUCAUGAAGAUAUAUCUUCAUCCUUCAACUGCAGCAUAUAUAUCAAAUCGUAAAACUAUGCUCCUUCGUCUUCAAUUCAGUUGCUCGGAGAUGGCACCUUCGUUCUGAAUACAUAAUUUAUAUUUAAUGCA